AUGGCGAUAAGCAGGCUCAAGGAGGCAGAAGACAUUUUAAUGCUGGGCCGGCUCUCUGGGAAGUGCCGCCGCCCGGCCCGCGCUGCCCCGGGGCUCCUCGGACCCGCACGGGUGCCCGCGGAGGGGGCGCAACUGCCUGCGGCCGAGCGGGUGCGCCCGGCCCCUCCUCCCGCAGCAACGACGCCGGCCUCGAUUGCCGGGAGCCGGCCCGGCUGGUGCGUGCUGCCCGCCGGUAAGGGCCAGGCCAGAGACUUCCCGGCGGUCCGUCGCCCUUUCGGCUGGAACGGGGCCGGGGCCUCGAGGCCAAGGGUUGCAUCACAGCAUUAUUCUCCUGAGAAGAUGGACAAAACAAAGGAUUUGAUGACUUCUCUGGGUAGGAGACCCAACCAUCCCAAUACCACCGGUGAGGCUUCAUCCCAGGACUGCAGUUCAGGGACAAGUUUGUUUCUCAGAAGCAAAAAACAGGGGCAAAAAACAGGCUCAGCCUCUAGACAAGAGACAUCGUGCUCUGGUGACGUCGCUUCAGGAACCUCUGACACCUCGGAGGAGGUUUAUCCUUGCCCGCGUGUGUACUAUUCGUUGCUGGAUCAGGCGUACAUGUGGGGCAACUGCCCAGAUGUCACAAGCUUCAAGAUGCCUGAGGACUUUCUAAGCAUCCUGGAUAAGCAAAUGAUUGGACCAACCACUAGGAAGAUCAAGAAGUCACAUUUCCCAGCACAAUCGUUUCUGCCCAAAGUGCAGAUUCCCUUCCAAAGACUUCCAGGGCAGCUCCCUCGGGCAAUUGAAGUAGACAGGAAAAGACAACUAUACCUCUCCUCUGAUAUUGCUGAGCUCUUAGCCAGCAAGGCGAUAGACUCCAAUGAGCUGAUGCCAAGGCACCAUGACCCUGACAACAUGCCAACUAUCGGGGAGAGGAAAGAUCCUGUCUUUCCCAUCUACCUCCCAUUAAAGGUGUUUGAUGAUACGGAGUAUGACUGUCAAACUCCAGAAGAGUGGAUCUUGCUAGGACUGGAGCCAGGUUCUCAGCAUAGAAUGCCAGUGCCUGGAAAAGCACUUUUACCUACAGAUGAUGUGCUGGGACACGAGGAUCCCAAAAACCAGACGUUAAUCUACAAGUGGAUGGAUGUUGGUGUUCUGGAUUAUGACAAGGAGACAGAGCUCUACUUGGUCCAUAAAACAGAUAAGGAUGGGCUGGUACAGGAUGAAGAGGGGAGACCCAUUCUCAAUGGAGGAAUAACUCCAGAAGGGAGAGCCCCAUUGUUGCCAUGUCAGUACUGGGUGCCACGAGUUUGCCUGCUGUUUCUGGCUGAAGAUCCCCGGGUGUUUGCAGAGCGGGUAGCUUCCGCUCACAGCUUGCGUAAGAAGACAGAGGCACUGAUAAGGUAUCACCAGUAUGUGGACAGCAUGCCCACAGAUGGACAAAACAGCAUCAGUGGGAGAAGCCUGGAGAAGAUAAAGCUGUUGGCCAUGAAUACUCCCAAACUGAAGACAGAUGAGAGGCUGUUAGACUGCAUGUGCCGCCUGGAGGCAGAAGUGGCAUUAGACUAUGAACGCACCAUGAACAGGAUGGCCUUUGACAGAGUCGUCACAUCCAAACCAGAGACCUUUUUUUAUGUCACAUUGCCAGAGAAAGAGAAGGAGAAAGUACCAGAGAAAGGGCUCGUCUGGAUCCCAGACUAUCCUUUUUGUGAGCAACAAGAACGUUUCAGCUUUGCCUCGCUCCUGACCAGGCCAGAAGUCAUCCUUCUCCUUACACAGGUGAAAGAUGAGUGCAACAAGGCAGCUGCCAUGUCACUGUUUAACUUAACCUUAACUGAGUGUGUCUGCUUGGAAGAGUUUGAACAGAUCCAGAUCCAGAACUUCUCUAAGGUACAGAUGUUUCUCGAGGAUACUUGGAUCAAUACUCUAAAGACUGCAGUAAAGAGCAACCUGAGAAAUGCAGGCAGAGGCUGGUACAACCUGAAACAAAGACACUGGGAUGCCUACCAGAUGUCCAAACUGUGUAAGCUGAUGAAGCGCAUCACCUUCAUGUGUCAGGACUCUCUGCGGUGUCUGGUCCGGGACUCGCUGAUCAGCUUCACCCAGUUUAUGCUGGAUGCUUGCCAUGGCAUCCUGAAUUGGUCAAAGGACAUGGAAUGGGGAGAUGACCUCAUCAGUAGUCCCCACAGAUUUCACAGGAAUCCACUCUUUGUAACAAAACUUGUGCUAGACAGCAGUGGUGUUCACUUCAUCCCCUCUCUGGAGAGCUUUGAGAGGUCCCUCAUUUCUCUGUUCAACAAGGGAAUCCUGGUGACUCACACUGUCCCACUGCUGGAGAAGUAUGUGUUGGACAACCUACAUAUCCCAGGCACACCCUUACUGAACUCAGUGGGCUUGCAUGAACCAAAAGUGGAGGAACUGCGUGAAACUCUGCGGUCUGCCAUUCAAAAGGCACUGACUGUCCUCCAAGCCUAUGCCAAGAGAUAUGAGAAGUACUUGGAGCUAAAUAACAAUGAUGCCCACUACUUCUUAAGAGACUAUGAAGAGAAAUGUCCAUCUGCCCAGGAGGUGAAGAGCAUAGUAAACACAUAUUUGUCUGAAAUGGAGAGCGUGUUCAACACAUUACCUCUUUCUAUUGUCAUUGGUCCCUUUCAUGUCGACGUAGAAGGUGUUAAGCAAAAUCUGUCCAAAAAAUACAAGGCACUUGCCACUUCCAUGUUGGACAUACUGGCUAAAACCCUCCAUUUGCAGGUGGAAAGUAUCUGUGGUGUAUAUAAAGAUGUCAGCUGCAAAAUGCAUAGGAAACCAGAGAGUAUCGAGGAGUUGGCUGAGCUGCGGGAGUGGAUGAAGGGAGUCCCUGAGCAGCUGGCUGUGCAGGAGAAACUGAUUAAGAAAGCCAUGGAAAGUUACGAGAUCCUGGAGGAAUUCUUUUACAUUCUUCCUGACGAAGAUUUCAAUGACAAGUGGGCUGCAAGUUACUGGCCAGUGAAAAUAGCUAGGCAAACUGAGUCCAUUCAACUCCAGCACCAGAAGGAUGAAGACAAAUUUCGCGAGUUGCAGGUUGAGAAUUGGAGAGAAUUUCAAGGCUACCUGGAAGAGAUGCAGCUGACGAUUGGCAGAUUUUCUACCCAGGAAAACAUUAAUAAAGCCCAUGAGAUGGCUAACAAAGCAAGGGAGAUCAGGGAGCAGCUGAACCGGCUUCAGAGCUUGGCAAUUAUCUACAACAACAGGGAAAAAAUCCUUGGGAUGAAAGUUACUAAUUGCAAUAACCUAUCCAAGAUGGUUAAGAAAUUCCAGCCAUACCAUGAUCUCUGGACUACAAUGUCAGACUGGAUGCAGUCAUGUGAGAGCUGGAUGAAUGGUCCUGUCAUGGAAAUUGAGGCUGAGCAGCUAGAAAAGAAUGUCAGUGAGUCUUCAAAGACAAUUCAGAGAUGCAUGAAGCAGUUCAAGGAUUCACCAGCCUGCCAGCGUGUGGCCAUGGAGUUUCAAGGCAAGACUGAAGAAUUCAGACUGUACAUGCCCUUAAUUCAAGCUCUCUGCAGCCCUGAUAUGAGAAAGCGGCACUGGGAGAUGCUGUCAGAAGAAAUGAACAUCAGGAUCGUGCCAGAGCCUACCCUGACACUUAGGCACUGCUUGGACAUGAACCUGAUGGAGCAUAUCGAGAGCAUUACCAAAGUAGCUGAGAUAGCUGGCAAGGAAUACGCUAUUGAGAAUGCACUCAACAAGAUGGAGAGUGAAUGGAACUCUGUUUCAUUUACUGUGGUGCCUUACAAAGAAACAGGUACCUUUAUUCUGGAAAACACUGAUGAAGUCUCUCAGCUCCUACAUGAUCACCUUGUCAGGGUUCAGAGCAUGUCCUUCUCACCAUUCAAAAAACAUUUUGAGGAAAGGAUGAAUGCAUGGGAAGAUAAGCUGAAGAUGACACAGGAUGUCCUAGAAGAAUGGCUGAACUGCCAGCGCUCUUGGCUCUACUUGGAGCCUAUUUUUAGUUCAGAGGACAUAAAAAAACAACUGCCAUCAGAAAGCCUGUGCUACCAGGACAUGGAUAUUGACUGGAGGAGCACCAUGCGGCAUGCUAGCGAAAACUCUGAGGUGAUUUCUUUGUGCCCUGAUCCUGUGCUGCUAAAGACCCUGAGAAAAUGUAAUGAACUGCUUCAACUUGUGGAGAAGGGGCUGAGUGGAUAUCUGGAGACAAAGAAAGGUGCUUUUCCCAAGUUCUACUUCCUUUUGGAUGAUGAGCUGCUGGAAAUACUGUCUCAGACAAAGGACCCCACUGCUGUGCAACCACACCUCCACAAAUGCUUCAAGAGCAUUGCACGGCUACGCUUCCAGGAGGACCUACAGAUCACACACAUGUGCUCUGUUGAAGGAGAAGAGGUGAAGCUGUGUGUUCCCAUCUCUCCCACUGAUGAUGUGGAGCAAUGGCUGCUGAAAGUACAGAGAUCCAUGAAAGCCAGUGUAUGGGACAACAUAGAAAGAGCAAUUGGUGCCUAUCCAGAGACUCCACGUACUACAUGGGUCCUGCAGUGGCCUGGCCAAGUGGUCAUUGCUGGCUGCCAGAUUUUCUGGGCAAAGCAAGCUCUGGAAACUAGAGAUUUGUCCAGCAGGCUUCUCCCACAGCUGAGUGCUCAGCUGGGUGAUUUGGUUGCCACGGUUCGUGGAAAACUGACCAAGAUGCAGCGAGCAUUCUUGUCAGCUCUUAUUGCGAUUGAGGGCCACGCCAAGGAUGUUGCAGCCUAUCUGAUUGAGAAGAAUGUGGCAAGUGUGAAUGAUUUCGAGUGGAUCUCCCAGCUCAGAUACUGCUGGAUGAAGGGGGACCUGUACAUCAGAGCACUCAAUGCUGAAUUUAUUUAUGGCUAUAAGUAUCUGGGGAGCAGUGGCCGCCUGGUUAUCACACCCCUCACUGACAGGUGUUAUCUGACACUUACAGCAGCUCUGCACCUGAAAUUUGGAGGAGCACUUGCAGGACCAGCAGGAACAGGCAAAACAGAAACAACAAAAGACCUUGGCAAAGCACUGGCAAUCCAAACAGUGGUGUUCAACUGCUCUGACCAGCUUGACUUUAUGGCAAUGGGGAAGUUUUUCAAGGGACUAGCCAGCGCUGGUGCAUGGGCUUGCUUUGAUGAGUUCAACCGUAUUGAUAUUGAGGUGCUGUCUGUGGUGGCCCAACAGAUCACAACCAUUCAGAAAGCACAGCAGCAGAGGGUGGAUUGCUUUGUGUUUGAAGGCACAGAGGUCCCCCUGGUCCCAUCCUGUGCAGUCUUCAUCACAAUGAACCCAGGGUAUGCUGGGCGCACCGAACUGCCUGAUAACCUGAAGGCUCUCUUUCGUCCUGUGGCUAUGAUGGUCCCAGAUUACUCCAUGAUUGCUGAGAUUUCACUCUACUCCUUUGGAUUUAAUGAAGCCAAAGUCCUUGCAAAGAAGAUCACCACAACUUUCAAACUAUUGUCUAAGUAGCUCAGCAGACAGGACCACUAUGACUUUGGGAUGAGAGCUGUGAACAUUGUCAUCUCAACAUCUGGCAACCUCAAAAGAGGGAAUCCUACUAUGGAUGAGGAGCUGAUAUGCCUGCGGGCUAUCAGGGAUGCCAACAUACCCAAAUUCCUGCAGGAUAAUCUCAAGCUCUUCAAUGGUAUUGUCUCAGAUUUAUUUCCCAAGAUCCAAGAAUUGCCUGUGGGUUAUGGCAUCCUGGAAGAAGCCAUUCGCAAGUCUGGCAUCAAGCAGAAUCUGAAGGAUGCUGAUGGUUUUGUAACUAAGUGCAUGCAGCUAUAUGAAAGCCCUGUGGUUCAUCACGGCGUUAUGCUGGUGGGGCCAGCAGGUUCUGGGAAGACAAAGACUUAUGAAGUCCUGGCAGCUGCAGUGACAUCACUGAAAGGUCAGCCUGCAGCCAGUGGUGGGAAUUACAAAGCAGUCAGCUACUUUGUGCUGAAUCCCAAAUCCAUCACAAUGGGCCAGCUUUAUGGAGAGUUCAGCUUGCUAACGCAUGAGUGGACAGAUGGGAUUCUUUCCUCACUCAUCCGGCGUGGAGCUGCAGCCACUGACACCAACAAGAAGUGGUACAUGUUUGAUGGGCCAGUUGAUGCUCUGUGGAUUGAGAACAUGAACACAGUGCUAGAUGACAAUAAGAAGCUGUGUCUUAGCUCAGGGGAAAUCAUCAAACUGUCACAGAGCAUGACCAUGAGGUUUGAAGUCCAGGAUCUGGCUGUUGCUUCCCCUGCCACAGUCUCCCGCUGGGGCAUCAUUUACCUGGAACCCAGCAUCUUGGGGCUGGAGCCUUUCAGUGAGUGCUGGCUGCAAAAAAUCCCAGGCAUCAUGCAGCCCUUCUCAAAGCACCUAGCAUCUCUCUUCAGGAGAUUCCCCAAGGAGGCCAUCAGCUUUGUCCAGAACUCUGUGAAGGAGAUUAUUGCCUCAACAGACAGUAACCUUACAAGGAGCCUUCUCGUGCUCUUGGAAUGUUUGUUUCACCCUUUCAUCCCCACUGAGGGAAUUAGGACAAUCUCCCAGGAGAAAGCAGCUCAUGGGCAGAAGCUGAUUGAGCCCUGGUUUAUCUUUGCCUUGAUCUGGAGUGUAGGUGGUACUGGAGAUUUAGAAGGUCGUGUGGCCUUCAGCUUGUGGCUGAGGGAGAAGAUGGCAAAAGAAAAGAUCCAGUUGCUUUUCCCAGAAGAAGGACUGGUUUAUGUCUAUAAACUAUGUGAUGCUGGGCUUAACAGUGCUGAAGAUGAUCUGGAUGAGGAGGUCAUUAGAGAGGUGUGCUGGGAGAAGUGGCUGGACUCUACAGCAAAGUUCACUGUGGUUCCUGAUACCAACUUCUGUGACAUUAUUGUGCCCACGAUGAACACAGUCUGAAUGGCCCAUCUGCUGGAGCUGUUGCUCACAAACCAUAAGCCAGUUCUCUGCAUCUUGCCCACAGGUACUGGGAAGGCUCUGACAAUUACAGACAAGCUUUUGAAGAACUUGCCUAGCAGAUAACAUCACACAGCACGUACCUCUGCUAACCAAACCCAGGAUCUCAUUGACAGCAAACUGGAUAAGAGGCAAAAGGGUGUGUUUGGGCCUCCAGUUGGGAAGAACUUAAUCUUUUUUAUUGAUGACUUGAACAUGCCCAUGCUGGAGGAAUAUGGUGCUCAGCCACCCAUCUAGCUGCUGAGACAGUGGAUGGAUCACCAGGGCUGGUACGACAGGAGACAGAUCGGCACUUUCAAGAAGCUGGUAGAUAUUAAUCUUGUCUGUGCCAUGGGACCUCCUGGAGGGGAAAGGAAUGCUGUCACUCCGCUCUUCACUCGCCAUUUCAACCACCUCUCCUUCACUGAGAUGGAGAAGAGCAGCCUGAGGGCUAUCUUCUCCACCAUCCUUGGCAGCUGGAUGGAUAAGUUCUAUGGACUCCUAGGAGAAAGAAGUUACAGAGACCCAGUGCCAGGAGCACUUGCAGUCAAAGACUUGAACAAGCCCCUGGUGGAUGCCACAAUCCGUGUGUAUUUGACCAUCACAACCCAACUGCUGCCUAUAGCAGCAAAGUCACGUUACACCUUCAAUCUGAGAGACCUCUCCAAGGUGUUCCAAGGCAUGCUCAUGGCUGAGCCCAGCAAGGUUGAGGACAAGAUGCAGCUGCUGAGACUGUGGUACCACGAGAGCUGCCGGGUCUUCCGUGAUCGCCUGGUCAGCAAGGAGGACCGGACCUGGUUUGACAGCCUGAUGAAGAGCAUGAUGGAGGAGUUAGGCACCACUUUUGAGGAAGUUGUCCCCUCCCAGCCAGUUCUGUCUGGGGACUUUAUGGAACCAGGUGCCAGUGCCAAACUGUACAAAGAAAUCCUCAGCCAGGAAACACUGAAGGUUGUGAUUGAGCAUUGCCUGGAAGAAUACAAUCAAGUGACCACCCCAAAGCUGAAGCUUGUGCUUUUCAUGGAUGCAAUACAGCACAUCUGCCAGAUCGGUCGGAUCCUACGGCAGGCUCCAGGGAAUGCACUUCUCCUGGGUGUUGGGGGAAGUGGGAGGCAGUCUCUCACCAGGCUGGCAUCUCACAUGGCAGACUAUGAGUGUUUCCAGAUCAAGCUUUCCAAAAGCUAUGGCAUAGCUGAAUGGCGAGAUGUUUUGAAGGAGAUCAUGAUGAAGGCAGGCCUUGAAAGUCUACUCAGGACAUUCCUAUUUGUAGACACACAGAUUAAAAAUGAAUCCUUCCUUGAGGACAUCAACAGCCUGCUCCACUCAGGUGACAUUCCCAACAUGUACAGCCUUGAUGACCAAGAACAGAUCAUGACAGCUAUGAAGCCUGUUGUGCAAGACCUAGGGCAGCAGCCCACCAAGGCUAAUCUGAUGGCUGCCUACACAGGACGGCUUCGCAGCACUAUCCACAUGGUCCUCUGCACGAGCCCUGGUGGAGAAGUUUUCCGUGCACGCUUGAGACAGUUCCCCUCUCUUGUGAGCUGCUGUACCAUCAACUGGUUUAAUGAGUAGCCUGCUGAAGCCUUGCAGUGUGUUGCCUCCUCUUUCUUGCAUGAGAUUCCACUAAGAUAUACUGAUGGGAUGAUUCAAGUAUGUGUAGAAAUCCAUCAGAGUGUGGCAAAGAAAUGCCAAGUGUACCUGGCAGAGCUGGCCAGACACAACUACGUCACUCCUAAAAGCUACCUCAAAUUCCUCAGCAGCUUCAGGUCCCUGAUUGGAAAGAAGAAACAAGAGCUGAUAACAGCCAAGAACAGGAUGAAAGAUGGCCUGGAUAAGCUCCUGCAAACAGCAGACGCUGUAGCAGAGAUGCAGGAGGAGCUGGAGUCUGCCCGCCCUCUCCUGGCACAGGCAGCCAAGGACAUUGUGGCAACCAUGGAACAACUGCAGGUACAGCUACUGUGUCUGGUGUUGCUGGUGGACACAGGUAUGGCUGAAGAGACAAAAUGUCACGUGCAGGCUGAGGAGGCAAAGGCCCAAGCAAAAGCUCAGGCAGCCCAAGCCAUUACAGAUGAUGUUCAGAAGGACUUGGCUGAAGCUCUCCCAGCCCUGGAUGCUGCUCUUGCUAGCCUGAGGAAACUCAACCAAAAUGAUGUUACAGAGGUAGGAGCAAUGCAGUGGCCUCCGCUAGGCGUGAAGGUGGUGAUUGAAGCUGUCUGCAUCACAAAAGGAAUCAAGCCCAGAAAGGUGCCUGGAGCAAAACUUGGCUCAAAGGUGGAUGACUACUGGGAGCCAGGCAGGACUCUUCUCCAGGACCCAAAGAAGUUCCUGGACAGCCUGUUUAAGUAUGAUAAGGAUAACAUUGCAGACAGUGUGAUCAGGGCCAUCCAGCCCUACAUUGACAGCAAGGACUUUCAGCCAGCAGCUGUCACCAAGGUCUCCAAAGCUUGCACCUCCAUCUGCCAGUGGGUACGUGCCAUGCACAAGUAUCACUUUGUGGCCAAGGCUGUGAAGCCCAAGCAGCUAGCAUUGCAGGAGGCAGAAGAGGGCCUGCGUGCCACUCAGGUCCUUGAGGAAGCUAAAGGACACCUGAAGGAGGUUGAAGAUGGCAUUGCCUUACUGCAAGACAAGUACAACACCUGCAUAGCCAAGAAGGAGGAGUUGGAGAUGAAGUGUGAGCAGUGUCAGCAGAGGCUGGCCCGUGCCGAUACGCUCAUAAGCAGCCUGGCUGAUGAGAAGGUGCACUGGCAGGAUGCUGUCCACAACCUGGAUGACAAGAUCAACAUCACUGGGGACGUGCUGCUUGCAGCUGGCUUUGUAGCCUACCUGGGCCCCUUUACAGGACCCUACUGUGUGGCACUGUGCAAGGAGUGGCUGGGGAAGCUGUCAGAAAACAGCAUUCCUCACAGCAAGGAGGCAAACCUGAUCAGCAUCCUUGGAGACCCCAUGGAAAUCUGCUCCUGGCAGAUUGCUGGCUUACAUAAUGACACCCUGUCUGUGGAGAAUGGGGUAAGAGCACAGUUCUCCCAGCGCUGGACUUACUACAUAGACCCCCAAGGACAAGCAAACAAGUGGAUCAAGAAUCUGGAAAAGCAGAACAACCUGGAGGUGGCCAAACUGGGUGACAGGGACUUCCUCUGCAGCCUGGAGAGCGCCCUCACCUUUGGGAAGCCCUUCCUGCUGGGGAACGUUGGUGAAGAGCUCGAUCCAGCCCUUGAGCCGGUCCUGCUCAAACAGACAUACAAACAGCAAGGCAACACUGUGCUGAAGCUGGGGGAUACAGUGAUCCCCUAUCAGGAGAGUUUCAAGGUGUACAUCACCACCUGCUUACCCAACCCUCACUACAGCCCUGGGAUCUUUGCAAAGCUCACCAUCAUUAACUUCACCCUCUCACCCAGUGGCUUGGAAGACCAACUGCUGGGAGAAGUGGUGGCUGCAGAGCGGCCUGACUUAGAAGAAGCUAGAAACCAGCUGAUUGUUAGCAACACUGAGAGGCAUCAGGAGCUGAAGGAGAUAGAAGCUCAGAUCCUGUACCAGCUCAGCACCUCCCAAGGAAAUCCUGUAGAUGAUCUGGAGCUCACUGAAGUGCUGGGGGCAUCCAAGAUCAAGGUGGGAGAGAUCCAGGCCAAGGUGAUGGUGGCAGAGCAGACAGAGAGGGACAUGAACACCAUCCACCUGCAGUAUGUGCCCGUGGCUGUCCGCUCGCAGGUCCUCUACUUCUGUGUCUCAGACCUGUCCAGUGUGGACCCCAUGUACCAGUACUCACUUGAGUGGUUCCUCAACAUCUUCCUGAUGGGGAUCAGCAAGUCUGAGAGAGCAGGCAUCCUGCAGGACCGGAUGGUGAACAUCAACAACUACACCACCUUCAGUCUCUGCAGCAACGUGUGCUGGAGCCUCUUUGAGAAGCACAAGCUCAUGUUUGCUUUCCUGCUCUGCAUCCACAUCAUGAUGAAUGAUGGACUGAUCGACAUGGGUGAGUGGCAGUACCUGCUGUCAGGAGGGACCAUAAAGGAGAUGAGGGAGAACCCAGCUCCAGCCUGGCUGUAUGAGAGAGCAUGGAGAGACAUCCUGGCCUUGAGCAGCCUGAAGAACUUCUCUGGUUUUGAUGAUGAUUUUGUAACCAACCUUGUAGCAUUCAGGAGCAUUUCUGACAGCCCUAAGCCUCACAGGCAACCCCUGCUUGGGAAGUGGGAGGCUGAGCUCCAUGGCUUCCAGAAGCUGCUGGUGCUGCGGUGCCUGGGGGGAGGUAAGAUCGUGAAUGCUAUGCAGGACUUUGUGGCACAGAACCUGCACCCACGCUUCAUUGAGCCGCAGACCACUGACCUCUCGGUCGUAUUCAGGGAGUCCACAGCCACCACGCCCCUGGUGUUUGUGCUGUCCCCAGGCACUGACCCUGCUGAUGACCUCUAUAAGUUUGCUGAAGAAAUGAAGUUCUCCCAAAAGCUUUCUGCCAUCUCCCUGGGCCAAGGUGGUGAUUCUCCUGUGCCUCUUCAGGGCCCCCAUGCUGAGGCCAUGAUGCAGUGUGCCCUGGAGCAGGGCAAAUGGGUCUUCUUCCAGAACUGCCACCUGGCCCCUAGCUGGAUGCCUUCACUGGAGAGACUCGUCGAGGGCAUUGACCCCACCAAGGUGCAUCAGGACUGCCUCUGGCUUACCAGUCUACCAAGCAACCACUUCCCUGUGGCCAUUCUCCAGAAUGGCUCCAAGAUGACCAUUGAGCCCCCCCGUGGGGUCAAGGCCAACCUGCUCAAAUCCUACAUUGAUUUCAGUGACACCUUCUUGAAUUCCUGCCCACAGGUCACAGAGUUUAAAUCUCUGUGGCUGUCACUUUGCUUCUUCCAUGGGAUCAUGCUGGAAAGGAAAAAGUUUGGGCCUCUGGGGUUCAACACCCGCUAUGAGUUCACAGAUGGGGACCCCCACAUCUGCGUCAGUCAGCUACAGAUGUUCCUGAGUGAAUACACAGAGAUCCCUUACAAGGCUCUGAAGUACACAGCUGGGGAGAUCAACUACGGCGGCCGUGUGAGCUGGGACGGGCGCUGCAUCCUGAGCAUUCUGCAGGACUUGUACACGCCUGAGGUUCUGAGUCCCGACUUUGCCUAUUCCCAGUCGAGGACCUACAAGCAGAUCAGUACCUCCUCUCCCCUCGAGGGCUACCUCCAGUACAUCAGGAGCCCUGAACUCUUUGGUUUACAUGACAAUGCCAACAUCACCUGCGAUCAAAUCGAGACAUUUGCACUGCUGGGUGCCGUUAAGCAGCUGCAACACAAGACCUUCACGGUGGGUGGCACACUCUCAGAAAGUCUCGUGGAGGAGACCUGCAAGGACAUCAGGGCAAAGCUGCCUGCUCCCCUGGACUUGGAGGAGGUGAUCCAGAAAUAUCCACUGCUCUAUGAAGAAUCCAUGAACACAGUGCUGGUACAGGAGGUGAUCAGGUACAACAGGCUCCUGGAGGUGAUUGCUCAGACCAGUGAUUUGCUGAAAGCUCUCAAAGGCCAGGCUGUGAUGUCUUCUCAGCUGGAGCUGAUGGCCAGCAGCUUGUACAACUACACUGUGCCAGAGGUGUGGAAUGCCAAGGCAUACCCAUCACUGAAGCCCUUGGCAUCCUGGGUGAACGACUUGGUGCAGCGGAUCGAGUUCCUGCACAAAUGGAUCAGCCAGGGGAUCCCCUCUGUGUUCUGGAUCAGUGGAUUCUUCUUCCCCCAGGCCAUCCUCACUGGGACACUGCAGAACUUUGCCAGGAAGUCUGCCAUCUCUAUUGAGACCAUCUCCUUUAGUUUCAAGGUGAUGAAGGAGUCAGUGAGUGAGCUCACAGCUCCUCCCAGCCACGGCUGCUACAUCCAUGGCUUGUUUCUGGAAGGGGCCCGCUGGGACCCUGCUGCAUUCCAGCUAGAGUCCUGCCCCAGGGAGCUCUACACAGACUGGCUGAUCCCUGUCCCCAGCCGCAAGCCUCCAGCCACUGGCACCUAGCUGUGCCCCAGCUACAAGACUCUCACACGUGUGGGCACACUCUCAACAACAGGCCACUCCACCAACUAUGUGAGUGCUGUGGAGAUCCCUACAGGCAAGCCCCAGAAGCGCUGGAUCAAAUGAGGUACAGCCUUGAUCUGUGCCUUGGACUUCUAGAUUGAAAAUCCACCCACCCCAGAAAUCAUCCCAGCUGAGGCCUGAGCUGGGCUGUCCACCAU